CUGGGCAGCGCAUGACGCUGUUUUGUUGUUCAGUGCGAGACCUCUCCACUCCAAUACCAGGCGUUCGUACCUCUCACUGGACAGCUUGGGCUCCAUGGAGGAGGAAACUCAGGGCGAGACUCUCAACCAUGAUGACAGCCCCGAGGGGGACAUGACCAAGGAGGACGUGCCAGACUCUUCGGAGGGGGACUCAGUCCUGGGGCAACACUGUAGCCUCUCUCCAGACCCGGACCGACCCAUUGUCCACCAAGUGGCGUCUGCCCCAAUGCCGUCUGACUGCGAGUUCUCCUUCUUCGACCCGAGCGAGCCCCAGUGCCGAGAGGUUCUGCUCGACCCUCAGACUACUGUAUCAGAGCUGUUUGCUGUGCUGAGGCAGUGGGUCCCCCAGGUCCAGAAGAACAUCAACCUCAUCGGCAAUGAGAUUCUAAAGCGAGGCUGUGGUGUGAAUGACCGGGAUGGCCUGACGGACAUGAGUCUGCUGCAGUACAGCUGCAAGGCUGGGGCGCCCGGCAUUGGUGACGCAGAGACGGCAGCGAGCUUUGCACGGCAACUGCUGUGUCUGGGAGCGACGCCGGGCCUGCGCAGCCGCUGGACCAACAUGAACGCCCUGCACUACGCUGCGUACUUUGACGUGCCGCAGCUUAUCCGCGUGGUGCUGCAGGCCUCGCAGCCAGGGGAAGUGGAUGCCACCUGCAGUGAUUUCGACUUUGGCACUGCCCUGCACAUUGCAGCCUCCAACCUGUGCGUCUCUGCUGCUAAGUGUCUGCUGGAGCUCGGCGCCAACCCUGCCUUCAGGAACGAGAAGGGUCAGUGUCCCGCCGACGUGGUGCCUGAGCCCCUGGACAUGCCCCUGGAGAUGGCAGAUGCUGCCGCACAGGCCAAGGAGCUGCGCGCCCUCCUGAGAGACGCCCUGCCCCAGCCGUGCACCCCCAUCCUUUUGGCGCGGCCUUCCGGCGUUCUCUCUGAAAAGGCCAAGGCCCAGCUCUUCUCCAUGGGCAUCCAGCUGGGGGACCGUGUCGUCAUUGCCGGGCAGAAGGUCGGCAUCCUGCGCUUCUGUGGCAACACGGAAUUCGCCGGCGGACUGUGGGCCGGAGUGGAGCUGGACGACCCCGAGGGGAAGAACGAUGGCUCUGUGGCAGGAGUCCAGUACUUCAGCUGCCGCCCCAAACACGGGAUCUUUGCCCCCCUGUCCAAAAUCACCAAGCCUUCGGAACGUCGCAGGAAUGCACCCCUGCGGAGCUCCACCCCCCUUCGCUCUGCCCGGCUUGACCUGUCUCACAUCACCUCCAAGGUCAACACAGGUGCUCCGUCCGUCAAAAAAACACCUGCAAAACAAAAAGGGUCUCCCGCCCCUGUAGAGGGCACCGAUGAUCUGCCAGAGGGCAAGACAGGUGUUCUCUCGCGGAGCUGCUCUUCCUCCUCUUCCUCUCUGGAGUCUAGGCCCUCUGCGCGACCGCGCCCACUUCCACGGCAACGGCCUCCUGCCCGAAUGCGCAGAGAGCGAGCCCCACCCAGCUCCAAGCCCGCGCCUCCAACUGCUCGAACUCCAACUGGCCCCAGGGCAAGGACCCCCUCAGCGAGCAGCUCUGUGUGUGAGGGCACUGAGGUGCGGCUGGGGGAGAGGGUGCUGGUGGUGGGUCAGCGCACAGGAGUGGUGCGUUUCUACGGCAAGACCAGCUUCGCCCCAGGGUUCUGGUUGGGGAUUGAGCUGGACAAGCCCAGUGGGAAGAAUGAUGGCUCAGUGGGUGGUGUGCAGUAUUUUAGCUGUCCCCCCAAACAUGGUGUAUUUGCACCCCCCUCACGAGUGCAGAGGAUCCAUGGAUCUCUGGACUGCCUGGCAGAGCUCUCCUCCUCUCGACUGAACCGCUCUUUCUCUGGAAUCAGACGUAGUUUCAGCUCCUCGUCCGCCAUCUCCGCGCCCAGGGAGCAGAACCGCAGGAGUCCGGUUAGCAGGACUCGGCCAACUGCGUUGCAUCGUAGAUGGAGCACGGCCAGUGCGAACAGCGCCCCGGCGGGAGCGGGCGGUGCCGGGACAGCCUCGACGGGCUUGGACGGAGCGGUCAAGCUUCACCUGGGCAUGCAGGUCCUGCUGACCAGCGCCAACGAGAUGGGCAUGAUCCGUUACUUGGGCGUGGCCGACUUCGCCCCGGGGCUGUGGCUGGGGCUGGAACUGCGCGGCACCAAGGGCAAGAACGACGGUUCAGUGGGGGGGCGGCGGUACUUCAGCUGCCGGCCAGGGCACGGGGUCCUGGUGCGGCCCAGCAGGGUCACCUACAGGGGUAUCAAUGGGGCGCGGCUGGUGGAUGAACCCAGCUGAGGGGGUGGGGGGGGAUUCCAAAACUUCCACUGUUUGUCAGUUUCUGAUAAUAUCACCCGCCCAACUGCAAUUAAUUAUUCAGAGAAAAAAAUCCUUACUAGUAAUUUAACAUUCAAUUAAUUUUCCUCAUUAGUUUCCUUUGGUGACAUUCAAUGAAUAAGAAUCCAGAUGUCAGAUUUUACUGCAAGUGUAGUGACAGGCUUAACUGUGGGGAGAGCUUUUGUAUUAAUUAACCUGUACCGAUCUCAAAGCACUUAGACAAAAACGUAGCUGUGUGAAACAGUAGUUUGGACAUGAGGGUAACCCUGAGGUAUUAACAGGCGUUUGAAAUGUGUGCCAUGCUGUGCUGCCAUUGAGCAGAUACCCACCAGCACUCUGUCCCCCUCAGACUUACAGUAGGGCAGAGUGUGUGUAACGAAGCUGGUGUGAAAAGCUUCCCGCCAUUUUUAGUCCUUGUGUAUUACUUUGCUGCCCUAGGAACGUGUGGCACAGAGCUGAAACAUGCUGCCGAGCUGCCCCUUUGCAAAAUGCAGCACAGGACCUUGAUGUGAGAGCAUGGCCCAGGCACCUUCCCGCAUUCUCCAAGCCGUGAUACUCCUUAUCCCUGAUUAUGGCACUUUAAAACUCGCCCAAGGGCAAGGAACCUGUGGCCUGUUGAAAUACUUCCUAAAUAUCAGUGUUUAACUACUGAUGUUCCAAAUGGGAAAAACAAUGUGCACUUUUUCGGUAGGGAACACAUCUGCUGUUAUUAUUAAAGAUGUUUGUACAAAGUUAAAGUUUCUGCCCAAACAGCCCAAGGUUUUAUGAUGGUCUGGUGUCAGGGGAAGGGCUCUGCUCUGAUACCUCUGAUCUUUCAGCAUACUUUGGAUUUCAGUGUAAUAUACCUUGAAUAAAAUUGAUACAUUUCAUUAGCAAUAUAUUUGCAUACAUCCCUUUGAUGAUGAAAUCGGUUGAAAUCUGAAAUUCAAGUACUGUUGCAGAAAGCCCUGUAAAAAUACAUAGUUAAGGAUUACUGCAUUGUUGGACCUACCCAUCACUUGAACUUACUGUAGCCCGGGAUGUAUAUGCAGACAUCAGUGCUAAUCCUUACUUUUGGUUGAACAUACAAAUUUGUUUUCUAAUUUUUUUUUCUUUUUCUUUUUUCCCUUCAAUCAUUUUAGUUAGGCUUCUAAUAUGCAGAGUGUACUAAAAGACCAUGAUGUUGCUUGAGGUUUUGUGUUAUUUUGGUUUUGUUUUUGUGUUGGAUUAAAGUCCCAGGAGGAUGCGCCUCUUCGUAGCAAUGACUGCAGUGUCCUCAUUAAUCCGUGGAUUCUCAGAGAUGUGGGUGUGAGGGCAGUGAACCUACUGCCAGUGCACUCUCCAGAACCUAUACUGAGGAAGACUCUGGCAGAGUGGACCCCAGAUGAUUGUGGAAUUGAAGGGCCCUGGUCCUGAGUUCCCUGUGGCUAAAUGUGUGGGGGUUUAUUUACAGUGGUUCAAAGUUAGCAGGCAUAUUAGUAUGCUAGUCUUGAAAUGGAAUAUGUAUAAUACAGAGGAGGUCAUUUAAGAACUUGAAAAAACAGAAAUCCCGUUGAAAGCCGACACUGAUAUUCCACAAUUACCCAUUGUGUAGGUCGGGUUAAUAAGGACAAAAUGGGAGGCACAAUCUUGGAAUUCUUAAUGCUUUUCCUGGUUGAUCAUUCAGUUUAAGAUGCCUGUUUUUUCUUUCUUUUCUUCUGUCCAGGAUGGCUAUAAUUGGUUUUAAGAUCAGGGGAACUGAAGUUAUGGAGGAAUAUGUUGCUACCCUCAUAAAGCUGUCACUAUGAGAAGACUGACCCCUGCGUUUGGGCGUGUUUCUAUAGGGUACCACACUGGAGCUUGUCUGCUAACAUUAGUUAAUAUGUAUAUAAGAUAUGUAAGAGUGUAUUGUGUAUUUUGCAAGAGAUUUCUUUUUUUCCUGCGGUGAAGAAUGGUGUGUA